AAAUAUAUAUGCUAUGCUUUUGCUUCCAAGGCAUGCUUUUCAACUAUGUGAAGUUUGUGAACCUCUCUUUUUUUUCUUUUCUUCUCUUUUUGCUUUUUCUUAUUUUAUUUCGUCGUUCUUGUCCGUCACCGACCAAUCGUACACACCUUUAACCAUUGACAUGUUCAUGUAUGAUUGGGUUGUUUACCAUUAUAGUCAGUAGUUUUAUGACUCUCUUUGACGUACGUUUCAAUCGUCUCCUAACUCUGAAUCCCGCCCCCCUCGCGUUCCACGCUAACACCAAAUUGUGAAUCAUACAACAAAUGAAAUGAUUGAUAUAAAUAGCCAAACCUCAUAUUCUCUCAAAACCUUUCUUUCUUUCUUUCUUUCUUCAAAUUUGAUAGAAAAAAAGAUUUCUAAAAAUCCUUGGGUUUCUAUCCUCGUUCACCUUUCUUUACAAAAAUAAAGAAUUAAAAAAAAAAAGUCAUGGGAUUUUCUUACGGCGGCGCCGGAGUUAUCAUCGUCGGAGUUAUCUUGAAUGAUUUUAUCAGAACAGUUCGUUCUUUUCUUGAUCAUCCUCGUUUGUUUGGUGUUUAUUGGUCGGAAUCUUCGGGGAGGAGGAGUACUAUCAGCUCCGGUACAAACAAGAUUCCGAUAGACGAUAUGCUCCCAGCGACAACAUUCGACGAAAUGUCGUCAAGGGUGAAUCCGCCGCCGGAGAGCUGCCGGAUAUGUCAAGAAGAGUUCGACUGCGGCGAAGAAGUCCGGUGUUUGAGGAACUGCGUACAUGUAUAUCACAAGACGUGUAUUGACCGUUGGAUCCAAGACGAUAAGAUGACAUGUCCUUUGUGUCGGACCCCCAUCGUCCCUGAUUUCUAUUUUUUUCGUUUGUAAAAUUAGAGAAAAAAAUCUAUAUGAAUGUUUCUAUUAAUUAAUAUCACUAAAGCGUUUUUUUUUUUUUUUUUUAUU